AUGGGCACACUCAAUACCAGCUCAGGUGGUGGUUUCAUCUUGCUGGGUUUUUCUGACCAACCCCAACUGGAGCCCAUCAUCUCUGUGGCUGUCUUGCUUUUCUAUCUUAUGACUCUCCUAAGUAACACAGCAAUUAUUCUGGUAUCUUCACUACACAGCCGACUGCAAACACCAAUGUACUACUUCCUUACUAACCUCUCAUUUCUGGACAUUUGCUACACAACUAGUAUUGUCCCCCAGAUGCUAGUAAAUCUGUGGGGGCCAAAAAAAUCCAUCACAUAUGCAGGUUGUUUUCUGCAGUUCUUCAUUGCCUUUGACCUUGGUGCAACAGAAUGCCUUUUAUUGGCAGUCAUGGCCUAUGAUCGCUACGCAGCAGUCUGCCAACCCCUGCGCUAUGUGGUUGUCAUGCACCCUCGGUUUUGUAAGAAGAUGGUAGCAGCAUCAUGGUUGACUGGCCUAGGUGGUGCUCUAGGUGUGAGUUCCUUUAUUUUUUCACUGCCACGAUGUGGCCAUCAUACAAUAGAUGACUUCUUUUGUGAGAUACCUGCCUUUCUUAAGAUUAUUUGUGAGUACACCAACAUAAUAGAUGUUUUCAUCUACAUACUUGGGGUAAUUUACCUUCUUCUGCCACUCGGUGUCAUCCUUGUGUCAUAUGGGGUCAUCACUCAAGCUGUGACUAAGAUCAAGUCAGGCAGAGGAUGGAAGAAGGUGCUUAAUACCUGUGGCUCUCAUCUCACUGUGGUCACCCUCUUCUAUGGCAGUGCCAUCUACAUGUAUUUGCAACCACAGAAAAGUUCCUCAUACACUGUGGAUAAAUUUCUUAGCCUCUUCUACACCAUAAUCACCCCAAGCCUUAACCCCUUAAUAUACACUCUGAGGAACAAAGAUGUCAAAGGAGCAUUAAAGUGGCUUUUCAUAAGAAUUCAGAGUUCAGAACAAACAUCAACUGAAUAG